AUGUCCCCGGGGCGCAAAUCAUAUACUUUUAUCGGAAAGUCCAUAUCAAGACCGAUUCAUGGGAAAAUCCCCGAUUAUACUACGGAAGCGAGGCCAAAGGAGGCAGAGAAGGGUCAUAAAGGAAGGAGUAGGCUCAAAUGGAAUGGAUCCUGGCUCUGGGAAAUUGGAGCUGUCCUUCUCAGUAUCAUCUGCCUUGCUCUCCUUGUCGCCUUUCUUGCGAAGAUCCAUGGAACGCCAUAUGCCAGUUGGCAAUAUACCGUUUCGCCCAACACAAUUGUCUCCGUCAUUAUCACAAUUGCAAAAGCGUCUUUUCUCGUCGCGGUUUCCGCUUGUCUCAGCCAGCUGAAAUGGAAUCAGUAUCGCGGCGCAACCUCUAAGCCUCUCUACAGCAUGCAGGCCGUGGACCAGGCGAGCCGUGGACCGUGGGGAUCGCUGGACAUCCUCUUCAAUAUUUUUACUGGUAUCCGAAUGGAUGUUCUGACACUCACUGGAGCGUCAAUAACAGUUCUUGCACUUGCCGUUGACCCAUUCGCGCAGCAGAUUUUGGCUUUUCCCGAGCGUACUGUACUGGCUUCCAACGAGACUGCCUUGGUGCGGUCAACUCAUGGAUAUAAUUUCACCGGUCACCUUACAAGGUGGAGUGGAAGUAUUUCUGACACGAUGGUGUCUUCUCUUUUGGUUGGCCUUGCGCAACACACCGACCCACUAGCAUCACAAUGUCCCACCAGUACUUGUACUUUCCCCGGUUUCAUCUCGCUAGGCUUUUGCAGCCACUGUGAAGAUGUUACGAAGGACACCAAACAAGUCUGCGGUCCCUGGUCAAUGUCCGAUCCAACUGCCUAUUCAUUACACGUCCACGGCUACUGCAAUUACACUACUCCGAACGGCGUACAUUUCAUGGGCGAGGUGAACGCAGAUGCAGUUCCUCCAACUGAGGAAGACGUAUACCUUACGUAUGAUUAUGUGUACACUGAUCUCCUAAACAAUGGCACAUCAUAUGAUUCGCCACUUCUUUAUUUCGUGGCCGCCUCAGAAAGACGUGUCGUCCAUUGGACUCGACAAAACAGGACUGCACCUGCACCAAAGCCCUCAAUCUCAAUUUGCAGAAUGUAUGUCUGCGAGCAACAAUUUUCCCCGAGUCGAUAUAUCGCCACCGAUAGCUCGACUCAUUAUUCCAAGAUUUCUCAUACCCAAGAGCUCAUAACCUCAUAUAACGAGAAAGCAAUUAAAUUGACUCCUGCGAAUGGCGCUGAGUUCCUAUCUAAGGACCCAUAUGACCUAGAUGCCGACACGCUAUCAGACCUUGAAUUCACACUGCAGGGGGUCUUCAACUUGUCUGGUAAUACGCAAAAUGGGUUGAACUCGAUGAACUUUGUUCCAAUUAUGCAGAAGCGUGGAAUCAAUGAAACAAUGGCCUCUAUCGCUGCUAGUUUAACGAACAAUAUUCGUUCUACCAACAAUCCACUAGGAGAAAAUCUCCAGGGAGAGGCUUUCAAAAGUGAAAGCUUCAUUGAUGUUCGCUGGCCCUGGAUAAUUCUACCAAUGUGUGCAACGUUAGGGUCGCUUGUUUUACUUGUGGGGACAUUGAUGAUGAGCAAGACUCAAAAAGUCGUGCUUUGGAAAGACUCUAUUAUUCCGUUGAUGAUGAGCCAACUCCAGACUACCCCGGAACAUGAAAUAUCCAGUCUGAAAGAUGUGAACAAGGUGAAUGUCCUAUCUCGAGAUAUACGUGUCUCCUUGAUUCAGGAGGAGAAAGAACCACUUACGUUCACCGAGAUAUAA